AUGCCGGUGUUUAUUAAUAAUAAGGAUCAACCGGCCGAUGACUACACCCCUAUCUCCAGGCGGGAGUUUGUUAUGAAGCUCAUGGGCUCAACAACUGACAAAGAGCUUCGGUGUCAGGGCGUGAAUUUCACAAAUGCAGAUUUUUCAAAACUUGAUCUUCGUGGCAUAAACUUCAAGUACGCAAUCUUGAGGAACGCAAAUCUGAGUAAUGCAAACUUGUCGUUCUGCAACUUUGAGCGCGCUGAUCUGUCACAUGCUGUGAUUGAUUCUGCCAAUCUUCUUGGUGUAAAGAUGUUAUGUGCAAUCAUGGAUGGAACAUCAUUAAAGAGCUGCAACUUUGAAGACCCUGCAGGACAGCGUGCGAAUAUGGAGGGGGCCAUGAUGAAAGGCGUCAAUCUGGAGGGAAGUCACAUGGCCGGCGUGAAUCUACGUGUGGCCAAUCUGAAGAACGCAAACCUGCAGAACUGUGAUCUUCGAGGAGCAGUUUUAGCUGGAGCUGACCUUGAGAAUUGUAACCUCUCGGGAUGUGAUCUACAAGAAGCCAACCUGAGAGGCGCCAAUCUGAAGGGGGCCGCGUUUGAGCUGAUGUUGAACCCCCUGCAUAUGGCGCAGGCUGUCAGAUGAAUGUAGUCUUAUAUUGUGUGAUUUUGUUGCAUAAUAUAAGUCUUGUUUUGGGACAAUGGGGCUUAAUGUAUGUGCUUAGUGUCGUACCACAAGCAAAUCAGGGACGAAACUUUCCGACUAAACUGGAUUUUUGUUUAGAACAAACUUUCUUCAAACAAAAAAUGACAUAAAAGUGGAAAGUGUAUCCAUUCAUGUCUGUGCGAACUGCACAGGCUAAUGUGGGACGACACUUAAUGCAUAUUCCUUAAGCCCUGUUUUCCCUGAACGAGGCUCAUUUUAUUUAUUUUUCAAUCUUAGACCAACACAUGAAUAUGAACUAAGAAAGUUUAAUAAAGUAGAUAUGUUUUAAUAAGCAGAUAAUGUAUUCAUAAAUUAAUUUGUGUGAACUUUAAUGAAAUUUAUAAUAAGCAAGUUAUUCUAAGCACUAUGUCAAUACUGAAUCGUUUUGUGGCAUACUUUGCAUCUUGUUUUGUGGGAAAACAGGGCUUAACAAAUGUGCAUAAAUUGUCAUCCCAGAUGAGUCUGUGCAGUGAAAUCAGGCUAAUCAGGGAUGAUACUUUUAGCCCAAACUGGAUGUUUGUUUGGAAGAGACUUCUUUUAAAACGAAAAUAUCUUUAAAAGUGGAAAGUGUCAUCCCUGAUUAACCUGUAUUAACUUUACAUGCUAAUCUGAGAACAAUUCUGAAAGUACGUGCCGUACGUUAUUAGCUCGGCUGUUUUUGGAGAAAACCCGAGGUAUUGUCAUAGCCAGCCCGACGUCCGACGUCCGCAUCGUGCUAAAACCUUAACAUUUUGUUGAGGUUUUGAACAUUGGCUCUAAAAUGAAAGUGCUUAUACCUACAACUUUGAAACUUCACAUGUAGCUACACCUUGAUGAGUUCUACACGCCACACCCAUUUUUGGGUCUCUAGGUCAAAGGUCAAGGUCACUGUGACCUCUAAAAAAAAAAAAAGAAAUUCUGACAAGCUUUCGCAGCCAAGCGUGGCACCCGUUAUGCGGUGCUCUUGUUAGCUCAUCUAUUUUUUGAAAAAAAACUUACUUACCAUCAUGAGAGGACUGGGUAGGCAAAGUUAAAUAACUCUGGCGUGCAAUUUGACAGAAUUAUGUGCCCUUUUUAUACUUAGAAAAUUGAAAAUUUUGGUUAAGUUUUGCGUUUAGGUCCACUUUUCUCAGAAAGUAUCAAUGCUAUUGCAUUCAAACUUGGAACACUUACUUACUAUCAUGAGGGGACUGGGCAGGCAAAGUUAGAUAACUCUGGCGUGCAUUUUGACAGAAUUAUGUGCCCUUUUUAUACUUAGAAAAUUGAAAAUAUUGGUUAAGUUUUGUGUUUAGGUCCAUUUUAUUCCGUAAGUAUCAAAGCUAUUGCUUUCAUACUUGCAACACUUACUAACUAUCAUAAGGGGACUGGGCAGGCAAAGUAAUGUAACUCUGACUAGCAUUUUGACAGAAUUAUGGGCCCUUUUUAUACUUAGAAAAUUGAAAAUUUGGUUAAGUUUUGUGUUUAGGUCCACUUUAUUCCUACAGUAUCAAAGCUAUUGCUUUCAUACUUGCAACACUUAUUAACUAUCAUAAGGGGACUGUGCAGGCAAAGUUAUGUAACUCUGACUGGCAUUUGGGCAGAAUUAUGGGCCCUUUAUACUUAGAAAAUUGAAAAUUUGGUUAAGUUUUGUGUUUUGGUCCACUUUACCCCUAAAGUAUCAUAGAUAUUGCUUUCAUACUUGGAACACUUGCAAACUAUCAUAAGGGUACAGUAAAAGGACAAGUUGCAUAACUCUAGUUGUCAUUUUUACGGAAUUAUGGCCCUUUUUUGACCCACUUUACUUCUUAACUAUCAAGGCUAUUGCUUUCAAACUUCAAAUACUUUCAUGCUAUCAUGAGGUUACUGUACCUGGCAAGUUGAAUUUUACCUUGACCUUUGAAUGACCUUGACUGUCAAUGUCAAAUUAUUAAAUGUUGCUUAAAUUGCCAUAACUUCUUUAUUUAUG